GGUAUAUAUAUAUAUAGCUAUUGUGUACCUUUUUUGCUGCUUAUCAGUAACAGUUUUUGAAUUGGAUCCAGAUUUGCUCAAAACUCGAGGUGGGUGCAAGUAAAGCUUUUAUCUUUUUGCAUAGUUUAGCUUGGUGGUAUGUACAUAAUGUGGAUAUGUAUUCAUUCUUGGUGUUUGAAUAUCUGUUGUUGUGAGGUGUUUUGCCAAUUGGGUUGUUGAUUGAUGAUUCCUGGAGACCGAUGGAGGUCGAGUUGGUUGGUGUUUGUUCUCCAUCUGAAUUACAAUGGCCUAAGGCAAUUCUGUCUUAUAAAUGUUUUGAUUCCCCAAUUCUAAAUUCCUCAUUUUUUUCUCUUCAUCUGGUCUUACUUUUGUGAUAGUCUCUGAUACUCAUUGUUAUAAUUCAGUUUACCAGAUUGUGCAAUCAGUGUGUGGUUCGUUGUUUUGGGAUUUAAUGGUGGUACUUCACUUUUGAAUAGAUCUGUAGCUUUAAGAGUUUCAAUUAUGUGCUGGGAGCUGACAUUUGUUUGAGAGGUUGAAAAAUAGUUUUUUGCCUAAAAGAUGAAGGUUUAUUGAGUCUGCAACAAUUGGGUUGAACAUGUAGAUGUCUCUUUUAACUCUGUAAAUUGCUGAUCAAGGCUGUCUUUUAAAAAAAAAAAAUUCGUCACACAGAUUUUCUUUUACCUGUGAAUAUUUGCAAAUUUUUUACUGAGUUUGCGACAAUUGAGUUGAACAUGUAGGUUUCUUUUUAACUUAGUAAAAUGCUGAUCAAGACAGUCUAUUUUUUAUUUGGUCACAGAUUUCGUUUACACGUGAACAUUUGCACAUUUUAGCUACUCCUAUGAUUUAGUUUAUGUUAACAUGUUUCCUUUUAAGUCCUUUUGAAAAGGAAUGACUCAAUGAAAUUGGAAACAAUUUAAUUAAAAAUUUUCCAUGUUACCUUUAAUGUGAAGUUUUUAUACCUCCUCAAAUGUUAGGAUAUGGUUAAGAUCACAGGUUCCAAUGUUUUUAUUUAUUUCUUAGACUCCCAACCGAGUCAAACAUGUUCACAUAAACUUUGCCGAGUAUCCGUUUUCAUAUUUGCAGGAAGUUGACUAGUGAGUACCUCCCAUGAAUCAUGUUGUCGCGGCUGUUUAUACUUCCUAUUUGUUUAGGAAAUGGCAAAAGGGGCCACAGGACGACGUAGGAAUGGUUCUCGACGAUGUAGGGCCACCCCAUACCCUUUGCCAUCUGCUAACCAUUCUGAACUUGUUCACCAAAAGAAAUGCUCCAAAAUCUUUGAGAAGAAAGACUGGGAAGAUGCAACAUGUUCUGUAUGCAUGGAAUAUCCUCAUAAUGCUGUGCUGCUCCUGUGUUCCUCUCAUGACAAAGGUUGCCGCCCCUACAUGUGUGGAACUAGCUUACGCUAUUCAAACUGCCUCGAUCAGUACAAGAAAGCCUACACUAAAGCAACACUGCCAGAUAAUAAUCAACCUAUGCAGGGUUCUGCUGAUACUCCAAUUGCUGACCCAUUUUCUACUUGGCCUUCUGGGAAAAGCGAGGUCGCUGAAGUUGCUUGCCCACUAUGUAGAGGCCAGGUUAAGGGAUGGACUGUGGUUGAACCUGCAAGGGACUAUCUAAAUACGAAGAAGCGUAGCUGCAUGCAGGAUGAUUGCUCGUUUGUUGGAAGCUACAAGGAGAUACGGAAACAUGUUAAGGCUGAGCACCCCAGUUCUCGGCCACGUGAGGUAGAUCCUCUUCUUGAACAAAAAUGGAGAAGGCUGGAGAGGGAACGAGAGAGGGAUGAUGUUAUCAGCACUAUAACUACUUCUAUGCCAGGGGCUGUGGUUUUUGGUGAUUAUGUGAUAGAAGGAAGUCAUUAUGGCUUUGAUUCAGACGAUGAAGAGCAUUUUGAUGCGAAUGAGAUGAUGAAUGGGAAUGAAGGUUUUGGAAUGGGCAUCGAUCGCAACUUGAUGAAUGUGUUUCUGUUUUUGCAGGCUUUUGGUUCAGCAGGGAAUAUUGGGUCAAAUCGGGUUGUGAGGCGGCACGAGAGAGACAUAAGUGACACUUUGGAUAGAGGUGCUGGUGGAGUUGAUCGAAACCUCCCAGUUGGUGGUUUCGAGUACUCUGAUGAAGACAGUGACAAUAGUGGCGAUGAUAAUGAUGAUAGUGGUAUAUCACUAGUUGGACGUCUUCGUCGUGAAGGUAGAGUCCUUUUGGGUCGCUCCGGGAGGAGACGAAGACGUAGAGAGGCCAACGCAGGUCGGAGAUAGUUGUAAUUUGUGUAUGUUUGAAGUUGUGAAAAAAGAAAUCAUUAUAGGUCUUAGUUUAGGAUUUAACUGUGCUCUAACAUUCUCAUGCACAUCUGCCUCAAAUUGAUGCUUGAUACAUGGUAGAUUGUAGGAUGGGUCAGAAUUAUUGGCUGGCACUCGAAGAAAGCUCAGUUUUACUGUGAUUUGUACUUUGUAAUUUGCUUAUUCUGUCUGUUGAACAUUUAUCUGUCAAUUCUUGUAUGAAUGCAAUUUCUGAUGUACAUUUUCA